AUGGCCUACCCUACGGAAGCCCUAGUUGUAUCAGCGGUGGGGAACGAACCCCAAUUUGGCCCCGUGAUUCUGGAUACCAUACGAGACGAUGAGCUCUUGGUGGAAAUCCACGCUACGGGGAUCUGUCACACAGACAUUGCUUGCAUCGAGGGCAAGUUGCCGGCCGAGUUUCCUUGUGUUUUGGGACAUGAAGGCGCUGGGGUGGUUCUCCGGCCGGGGAAGGGGGUAAAGGAUGUCAACGUGGGCGACAAGGUCAUUCUUAGCUACAACUUCUGCAAGGACUGUCACCAAUGCCUGUCCGGCCAACCUGCCUACUGUGUCAAUUUGAUAGCGCAGAACUUUGGCGGCAAGCGGCUGGAUGAGAGCAGAACUAUACGCCUUCCCAAUGGUGAAACAGAGGUGUUUGCCAAUUUCUUCGGUCAAAGCUCUUUUUGCCGCGUUGCCCUAGUCAAUCGUGCCUCGGUGGCUCGCGUUGCAGCGGAUACUCCGCUAGAUAUAUUUGCUCCCUUGGGGUGCGGGGUGCAAACCGGGGCAGGCGCGGUCCUGAACACUCUCAACGUGCGGGAGGGUACCUCGGUGGCAGUGUUCGGGGUGGGCGCAGUUGGUCUGAGUGCUAUCAUGGCGGCGCGGCUUCGAGGAGCGAGCAUUAUCAUUGCUGUGGAUCUAGAGAAUUCACGGUUAGAGAUGGCGCGUGAACUGGGGGCAACCCAUACACUGCUAGGGGGGUCAGAAAAAGUUCUGCAACAAAUCCGUGAAAUUUGUGCGCCUUCCAACGGCGUGGAAUUCGCGGUUGACUGCUCGGGGGCUACGCAGGUGAUAGAGAUCAUGUUGGAUUCGUUGGCCACCCGUGGACGAGCCGCCAGCGUCGGUGCCCCAGCGCCAGGCAAAAGAGCAGGUGUGGAUGUGUUCUCUCAUCUAACACUUGGACGGGAGUACGUAGGUUGUCACCAAGGGUCGAGUGUUGCUGAGAAGAUGAUUCCUUACUUGAUCGAGCAGAACAAGCAAGGCAAGUUCCCAGUGCAAAAGCUAAUUACAUACUAUCCGGUCGAGCACUAUCAACAGGCGUUUCACGACUUGAAAGUUGGGCGAGCAAUCAAGGCGGUUCUGCUGUGGAAGGAAAGUGUUUCGAACAAUUGA